ACCAAAACGUCAUGUAUCAUUGGCAGAGUCAAAAUGUUAAAGUCUCUGGAGUGGAUGAUAUGGUUUUGCUCCCGAAAGUUACCGAGGAUGCAAUUACCGAAAACCUUCGGAAAAGAUACAUGGACGAUUACAUAUUUACGUGUAUUGGCUCUGUAUUAGUAUCGGUUAAUCCUUUUAAGCAAAUGCCGUAUUUCGGAGAAAAGGAGAUAGAAAUUUACCAAGGAUCGGUACCAUAUGAAAAUCCUCCGCAUGUGUUUGGAUUGGCAGACAAUAUGUACAGAAAUAUGUUAAUUGAUAAGGAAAGCCAGUGCGUUAUUAUUAGUGGAGAAUCCGGUGCUGGUAAAACAGUUACCGCAAAAUAUAUUAUGUCAUACAUCUCGAAGAUCAGUGGUGGCGGUGCAAAGGUGCAAAAAGUGAAAAAUGUCAUUUUGGAAUCUAAUCCUCUGUUAGAAGCUUUUGGCAAUGCGAAAACCGUGCGGAACAAUAACAGUAGCAGAUUUGGAAAAUACGUAGAAAUGCAAUUUGGGGCUGGUGGUCAACCGAAUGGAGGAAAAAUUUCAAAUUUUCUGCUAGAAAAAUCGAGAGUCACUUGUCAUAAUUUUGGCGAAAGAAAUUUUCAUGUAUUUUAUCAACUUGCAACAGGUGCAAACCAGCAAAUGAAGUCUGAAUAUGGAUUGACGAAUCUUGAUUAUUACUAUUAUCUCAAUCAUGGCGGUGAUCAUAGAGUUGACGAUAUCAAUGAUGCCCAAGAUUUUCAAGCAACUCUAAAAGGAUUGAGUAUAAUGGGAAUAAGUGAUUUGGAAGUAAAUGAUAUUUUCAGACUGGUUGCCGGAGUACUUCACAUAGGAAAUAUUCAAUUUGUUGAAAACGGAAAUUAUUCACAAAUAGCCGAUAAACAGUAUCUUGAUUUUCCAGCCUACUUGCUUGAGAUUUCGGCAGAUCAAUUAGCUCAUAAGUUAAUAUCACGUGAGUUUGAAUCAAAAUGGGGCAGCCAGUCUGAAAGCGUUGAUGUUACAUUGAACGUAGAGCAAGCUCUCUACACUCGAGAUGCACUGGCAAAAGAUAUUUAUGCUAGACUCUUCGACUACUUGGUUAAAAAAGUUAAUUCAGCUAUGGAAACUAAUGCAGAGGGUCUUGAAAUUGGAAUUUUGGACAUUUAUGGAUUUGAAAUCUUCGACAAGAAUGGUUUUGAACAAUUUUGUAUAAACUUUGUAAACGAGAAAUUGCAACAAAUCUUCAUAGAGCUCACCUUAAAAGCUGAACAAAUUUAUUAUGUGAUUUCAACAUCUCAUUUUCAACAAUAUGCAAAAUACCAACACUCAUAUUAUAUCUUAAAUAGUGUCAUGUCUAAGUGA